GAGGUAUUAGGGCAAGAAAGCUUAAGUCAGAGAAUAUAGUAUUGGUACUCCUGUCUGAGGGAAGUAUCUCCUUCCCGGAGGUCUCUUCCCCAGUCUUCUGCUUUCUGUGUUUUUGCCUGCUGGAUUCCUGCUCUAUCUAUUGGUGUCGGUUCAAUUACUAUGGUAUUUUCUUGCUCUUUGCCUUAAAGUGAAGGAACUCAAUAUCUCCUCGUUUAAGUUGUGAAUGAGUCCGGUCGUUUAAGGCAUGGUCAACUCUUCUUAUAGCUCAUCCAUUAUUGAACCUCGUAACCAUUCCCAAAAUGCAUUUGUAUUGCUUGUUUCUUCCUUGUUCCCUUCUCCUUCCAGAGCUUAUGUUCCCCCAAACCAGGACCAUGUGCAAUAAAAUCCAGUAUUGACUCGGCACUCUCAUCUCAAUUAGUUGAUUCGGAACAAUAAACAAGUGCAGUUGCUUGUUGAAUGCACAACUUCUGUAAUAGAGUAACAACAACACUAGCAAACCUCCACUUGCUAAUGCACCCGCUCCAGAAUGAAAGUCAGCUUAAAGCAUACAGUAUAGUAUGAUUGACUCUUACUCUGGUUGGCUUCUGGAACUCUACCACUUAUUUCCCGGCGCACGAGGGCUUUCGAUCUAUACCCUAAACUUGCUCUGCUGACUCACAAAACUCUAACACUGUGAAACUCCUAAGGCACAACGAUGAACUCAAAGAAUCUAUCGUUAAGAAUCCAUCUCUAAUUACCCGCUAAAAUCUAUUUCUAAUUGUGUGGCCCGCUUCAAUCUCUCUUUUUCAUCUGACUGGCUUCAAUCUAUCUUCUCUUUUGAAUCUUAUAAAUCAAUAGCUAUAAUCUUCUCUAAAUGAGUAAUAAAAGACCAGUUCAUAGUAGUUCUUUCUUUUCUCUUUCUAUAUUCUUUUCUGGAUUCUCUAAAUGAGUAAUAAAAGACCAGUUCAUAGUAGUUCUUUCUUUUCUCUUUCUAUAUUCUUUUCUUUAAGAUUAGCGCAUAUAAGUCCAAUCAAAUAAUCUAUAAUAUAGACCUCCUCAUAGUUCUAUAAUAUAGACCUCCUCAUAGUUAACAAAACAUCUGACUUUUCUUUUCUAAUAUUAGGCGCUACUUCUUUUCUUUUCUAAUAUUAGGCGCUACUUCUUUCUUUUCUAAACGGAAGUUCCAGUUGAGUAGCAGGACCGGAAGCAGCCCGCCCGGAUUACAAGAUAAGAUUUCGGGGGGCCCCGCAGUUCUCAACUCAACCAUUACCCAAGAAAGAGAUGAUAAAGGACCAACGACGAUCUAUGAGGAUAAGGAGUAGGAGUAGUAGGAGCUUUCAUGACAGUAUAGGCAGCAUAAUAUCAAGAUGACGAGAGAGAGAAUGAGACAAAGCCUCAAAGGUGGAGCACUUAGACAUUUCACUUUGAGUCUGCGUAAGUCUGCAGGUAGGAAUUCUUCCGGUCGUAUUACUUCUUUUCACCGAGGGGGUGGCUCAAAGCGAUUGCAGCGAAAAAUCGACCUGAAACGCAGCACUGAGUCUAUUGGCAUUGUUGAAAGGAUCGAAUAUGACCCUAAUCGUUCUUCUCGGAUCGCUCUAGUACGAUGGGGGGUUAAGCUACGCCGCCAGAGGAAAUGCAACACGAUAGAAGAGUUCGCUCCGCCGCGUAAGAUCCUAGAAUCCACCAUUGCCACUAUCUUUUGCCUUUAUUCGUUCUCUUCCCUGCCCGGUCAAGUUUCUCAAAGAAGGGGCUCCCAAGCCAAGUGCUUGCUUACGCUUAAUGUAGUGGUCGGCCUUCCAACCUUCAUGCCUCCUUGGUCGAAGAGCCAAGCCAGCGCAGGAAGCAAACAAACUAGCGCGAAGGACGUUUUCUUCUCUUCCCUGUCCUCCCCCUUUGCCAAGGGAGAUACUACAUCCCUUUGCUUCGAUAGCUCUUUAAGUAUCCCAAGGAUAGCAGUAGCUGGGGCAAAGCGCACUUUCUUUGCUCCGCGAAUGAGAGAUCAAGUUCUUGGAAUCAAUCCGUUUUCUCUUUGCGAGAUCCGAAAGUGGAGAACGGAUUGCGUUAUCUGGGCACAUAGGAUCAAACGUAAAGGAGCGCUUUCUUGGCAGAGUUUGAGGCAGCAAGAAAGAUUAGGGCUUUUUGAAGCAGCUGAGCAUAAUGAAUCGAAGCCGAAGACGGAUCAAGGUAGCUUGCAAGCCAAGCCUAUAGGCGAAGGUAUGAAGGAUAGAGCGUGCAAAGUCGAUCGUGCACCUGUUUCAUUGCAAGGCUCAAAGGCAAUAAGCCCGUGUGGAUCCUCGCGGAGUAUAGCUCACAUCCAACAUCUGAUUGGGGAACGGGGCAACGCCCAUGAAGCUCCGGCAGAAAGGGAAGGUCUGCCAGGCCGUAUGCGCAUGGGUGCAGGAUUCUUCGAAAAAGCAAGGGCUGACUCGGAGACCUGAGACCUUGGCUUAGCAACGAAUGAUGGGAAGCUAUAAGAGCUUUCUCUGCCAGCGGCUUAUGUAGUGGUCGGCUCGCUCCACUUUGCUUCUCCCCUUAUUCCACUUCAUGAAAUUCAGUAGUAUCAAUAAGCUACUUGUCGAGUUUACAAAGCUUUGUUUCUUGUAGUAUACCCGCCUACCUUCAUUUGCUUGGCGGGCUUCUUAUAAAAGUCAGGAAGGAAGCAUUGAGGUGGUCGACCACUACUAAUAUUUCUUUCUAUACCAAGUAAUGAGCGAUAGCGAAGCCAAGCCUCUUUUUUAAGGCGGGUUAGACCUGAUGGCAAAAAGAUAGAAGUGACUUUGCCGAGCCGAGGCUAAGGUUAUGGAAUUACAGAGUGAGUUUUAGGUAGUCAAACAAAAUAACUGGCUUAGCUGUUCUGUUCUACAAAGGAUCAAAGCUUUUGUGAAAAAGUAACUUAUCAGUCUACAAAGAAAGGGAGGAGUAACGCUGUGGAUAUAGACUAGGCGUCGUAACAGAGUCUUGUCAGUAUGAACCUUAAGGGAAUAAGUCAGCCUUGUCAGUAUGAACCUUAAGGAAGAAGUAAGCGAAAGUGAGCUCGUAACUAAUAAAGCUGGUAUAAGAAACAAAACCCUAACAAAUGGAAUCUAUAAAUUUCAAGCUAAGAAGUCAAGGAAGGAAGCAGCUUCUCUAAUAACCGAGCUUUGGCUUGAUUUUCAAAGGAGAGAGAGAGGGGCUUUCUAGGAAGAGCCGUACGAGGCAGCUCACAUACGGUUCGGUAGCCGAGCCACAGGACACAGGGGCUUAGGUCAACA